UGCGCGGUGCGAGGAAAGCGAGUCGCUCUGGCGAUACCAAAGUUCGGGGGAGCGGAGUUGUGGUCCGAGGACGACGAGACUGACCCCCGUGAGUAAAGCGCGCGGUGGUUUACGGAGGCCAUUAUCGGUUGUGAGUCAAGGGGGAUGAAGAAACUCGGCGGAUGACGUCAGCGCCGUGACUUUCCCACAUUUCGCAGGACCCGCGUAUAAACUUUGUUGUCUUCGCAGUAACUUUGACAUGUUGAUCUACGCACGGAGCGCCGCCGGAGCAGCGUGUCGUUGCGACUGCCUCUUCUCUCUCGGCGACCUGUGAGAUGUUUUAACACGGUUUCCUUUCAGAGCGAACGGUUUUUUUUUUGUUUUCCACGGCUUGCUGUUGUCUUGUGGCAGAAAUGUUGUCACGCUCGACCGCCCGGAUGAAAACCCUUCGUGGAAAGUCGAGGUGGACCUCGGCGGAGGCGGCGGCUGCGGUCGUCCUGCUGGGUUUGUUUGCUUCGUCCUGCUGUGCAGAAGAUGUGUCCUGUCAAGGAAACUACGACUUGUAUUUUGUUUUGGACAAAUCUGGAAGUGUUUCCAAUGACUGGGUCGAGAUCUUUUCCUUCGUUAAGAAUCUCACCGAGCGAUUUGUGAGUUCGAAUAUGAAGGUGUCCUUCAUCGUGUUCUCAGCCCAAGCCCAAGUCCUCUUACCUCUGACUGGAGACAGAAACGAGAUUGAAGAAGGUCUGAGACGCUUGCGUGAUGUGAAACCAGCUGGAGAAACAUACAUGCAUGAGGGGAUUAAAAAGGCCUCAGUGCAAAUUCAAGAACAGAAGACAAAGUCCUCCAGCAUCAUCCUGGCUUUGACAGAUGGAAAACUUGCAGUGUAUAUCCACGAACUCACAGUGAAGGAGGCUGAUGAAGCAAGGCGCUAUGGCGCCCGAGUAUUCUGUGUGGGUAUCAAGGACUUCAAUGAGCAGCAGCUUGCCGAUGUCGCAGGCAGCAAAGACCAAGUGUUCCCUGUCAAAGAUGGCUUCCACGCACUCAAAGGCAUUGUGAAUUCAAUAUUAAAGCAGUCCUGCACGGAGAUCCUGCGUGUGGAACCUUCCAGCGUGUGCCUGAAUCAGUCCUUCGACAUGGUCCUCAGAGGGAAUGGCUUCACCCUUGGCCACAAUAAUGUUGUGGUGUGCAGCUUCGAAGUCAACAAGCAGACCUUCACUCACAAGGCAAGCACAGUGCGUAACGACUAUGUACUGUGCCCUGCACCUGUGCUCUACGAAGUAGGCCAAACUAUGGACGUCUUCAUCAGCUUGAACAAUGGGGUGUCUUUCAUCACCAGCAACCAUGUCAUCACUGCUUCUUCAUGUUCAGACAGUAUGGUGGUGCUGGUUGUGUUCCUGCUGGCCCUCGCCAUAGCUAUGGCACUGAUGAUGUGGUGGUUUUGGCCUCUUUGCUGCAAAGUGGUCAUCAAAGACCCACCACCGCCACCACCGCCUUCCAGACCACCUCCACCCGAGCCAGAUCCUCUGCCCAAGAAGAAGUGGCCCACUGUGGAUGCCUCCUACUAUGGUGGGAGAGGAGCCGGAGGGAUCAGGCGCAUGGAGGUCCGCUGGGGAGAGAAGGGCUCCACCGAGGAGGGGGCCAGGCUGGAAAAGGCCAAGAACGCCGUGGUGUCCAUCCCUGAGGAGGCAGAGGAGCCCAUGAUCAAGCGGACUCCCAAACCUUCCCCGACCUUCACCCGCACCGAGGACAAAUGGUACACCCCCAUCAAGGGCCGUGUCGAUGCAUUGUGGGCUUUGCUGCGGCGACAGUAUGACCGAGUUUCCCUCAUGCGUCCAACCUCUGCAGACAAGGGCCGCUGUAUUAAUUUCAGCCGCGUGCCGCAUCACUAGGAGGACGAGGACGUCUCUCGGAAAGACGCCGACGUUCCACCACCGUGUGGAUAGAAGAGACACGCAGGUUUCUGAAGAUCUAAUGUCCCGUUAGUAAAAACAAAACGCCCGUCUCCAUGUGUGUUUGUCCUCCAUACCGUAGUCAAAGAGACGCCUUUCGUCUUCCACGUCCCUUUGGUUUCCCCGCCUUUUGGAAAUAUACUGCUCACGGGAGGAUUCUCUUAUAAACAUCCACAAUAAUAUAUAUGGUUUUUUUUACAGUUUUGAUUUUUUUAUUGUACAUAUAUAUAUAUUUUACACAAGUUAAAGUAAAAAAAACAAGCGAAAAAAAAAAAACAGCACGCCACCCGCAUUGUUAUCUUUCCGCACACGCCGAAGACUUGACAUAUUCUUACCAUAUUGUGCCUCGUGUGAAAAACCCCGACCUCACGAGCCCAGACGGGAGCUUUCUGAAAACACACCAAAAAAAAAAAACGAAGAAGAAGAAAAAGGGGGCUGUUUGCCUUUGGCGGCGGGGAAGUAGAAAUGGUCCCGGUGGGCGUUGCAAGUGCAGAAGUCGGUUGCCUUUUGGCGGUGUCUCCUGAUGGGGGCCCUCCAACUCGACUGGCCCUGAAUGCCCGGCGGGACCCUUUUGACUGGCGAUCCUGUCAUUUUAACGCUGAGAAGUGCACACGCAUGACAAACUGUAGACAGGACGCCCCUGAGGUAUUGGACGGCACCGAGACUUUGCCCUUUAGUUCUUUUUUCUUCUGAAGACACCUUCCUUUCAUUAUGUUGCCCCGGACAAGGAAAUUAAUAGAGCGUUACUGCGCCGCGGGACACACAGCCUGGGACCACCAUCAUGUCCAGCUAGGUUUGAGGGGUGGAUGCCUCUGGUCCUUGACAUGGCGCUUGGUGUUUUGUUGUUGUUGUUGUUGUUUUUUGUGCCCCUAUUUUGCUGCAGUCUGUUUUGUGCUCGUCUAGGCGUUGGCGCCGCAGCCCCCCCCCGGUAAACAAGCCUACCGGCCCAGGAGUUUUGAGGGAAACGGACGCGAGCCGUCCGCGGGCUCCCGCCGCCGUCUCAAUCCUCCGAGGGAGCCGCGGCCGCCACCACGUCACAACCCACUAGCUCUCCCCGGCACCGGAGUAUCAAAGUUUAAUUAAAAUAAUUAAAGGCAACAGCAAGCAGCAGCCUGUGAAGAGUUGGCUGUCUCUUUUGCACGCCGUCUGACAUUGAAUGACCUAGUACCGCGUUCUCCAGACACAGAGAGGAGGAGGACGGGGCGCCGCCGUGUCCAGAAAAAACACAAACCCAAAGCAACGGAUGCGACGGACGGAUAAGUAUUGUUCAUUUCCAGAAAUUAUGUUCCGUGCCACGCGCCCCCCCCCCCUCCCCGCGCCGCCCCCAAAAAGCAGGGGGAUACAUGUAUGUGGAUGUAUAUUGUAGGUUUUCCCCGAGCGCGCUGUCAUGGCGCCGCUCCCAAAUGAUGUGAGUGUGAGCGGGGGGGAGCGGGGGGGGGCAGCAGCUGAAGAAAAAGGCUCGAACGAUCCAGUCACUUCGGAUACGCUACUUCAGAUGCGAAAUGGAUAUUCGAGUGGAAACCUGACAAAGCGCGCCGGCUUUGAUGGGAAGCGGUAUGGACAAUGACCAGUGGCUGGGUCAGUGGGAUGUCUCCGCGCAGGCAGGGAAGCUUAUCAAAUGACACUAAAAAUAAGUUCAGCAACCAUCAAGUUUGGGGGGGGGGGGCGUCUCGCACCGGCCGGGCACGCCGGGUGCGCGCGCAUGAGACGGGGCGGACGGGCGGGCGUGCGUCACACCGCCCUAAUUAUCCCUUUGUUUCCCUGGUCGGAAAUCGGAUGGAGGGCCGUAAACAGUUCGAGUCCUCCGGCUGAGUUAAGUGUUUAUUUUCCCCAGCGCGAGCACACGUUUAGCAUCUCGCAUAAUGUUGGCGUUGUGAUAUUUCCGCAGGUCCGUCAGCCUUUUUCUUUUUUGGGGGGGAUAGGGAGCAGGAAAGGCUAGUCUAGCGCUUAAUACGUCGUCCCUCCUUUUUUUUUAAUGUUGGCACCAAGAGCAGGGGGACGCUGCUAUCCUCUGCUGAGGAGACACGUCCACAGCCGUGAAGGGAAGGCGCCCCCCCCCCACAUACACACAUGCCACGUCCUCCCCUUCACCACCACCGCCACACGGCGCAGCUGUCUUUAUAUGCCUUUUUUUAAUUUGUAGAUAGAAAUGAUUUGUAAUAAUGAAUUUUUAACUGAUUUAACCUGUUUAAAUCAGCGUCUUCCGAGAUUUUGUUCUGUACUUGUUAAAUGCAUGAAAUUGUUUUUUUCUGCUGAGAUGCUCACUUUUAAAAUCAGAUUUGAAUGUUCUCUUAAAAAAAAAAUUUUUUUUUUCUUUUUUUUUUUUCUUUGGGUUUUUGGACACAUCCGAAAUUUAAAUAUUCUCAGAAAGAGGAAAUCAUCACAAAAAUUAAUGUCUUUUUUAUUUUUUAUUUUUUUUCCUUGUGUAAUUUAUCAUUUUAGUCACACGUGUAAGACUGAACAGUUUGUGUUCAGUUGUGCAUUUCGGUAUGAACACCUUUUAUUUCAUGAGUUGUUUUGUACAGGCUGCUUCACACCACACACACCAAAAUAAAUAAAUGUACAUAUGUGUCUUUCGUCACUGCUACGAUGUGCUGGUUUCCACUCUGUGUUUUUGUAUUUUAUGCUGCAGUGUAUUGUCUGAAAUAAACAUAUGAA